AGUCUAUGGAAUGGAUGUCCUGAAGUACCUGAUAUGGUAGCUGUAUAAAGGCUAUUAUGCUAUAAAUUUGUUGGUAUAGAAGCUGUAUAAAGGCUAAUAUGCUAUAAAUUUGUUUAAGAGCUUGAAAAGAACUCGUUAGGAAGAAUCGUACAUUUUUCAUGUAGUGAAUAUUCCUAAAGAAACAUAAUACCAACACAUUUGCAAGAAAUUAGGGUUAAACUUCACUAUAACUAAAAAUUGUUUUGCUAUGCAGAAGCAAAAUAAGUGGACCAUGAGGCCCCAGUGGAGUCUCGCCCUGCUGGCCACAGCCUGCCUGUGCGGAGUGGAUGCGCAGAUCCCCGGCAUAUGGCGCUGCCCGGACUAUGCGCCUCAGCAGAACUUCGAGAUGAACAAGUUCGCCGGCAGGUGGUACGAGGUGGAGCGCACCUUCGCGCUGUCGGAGGCGGGGUCUCGCUGCGCCAGCACCAACUACACUGUGGUGGACGACGGCCGCAUCGUCGUGGCCAACGAGCAAGUCAACAGAGUGACCAACGUGAAGCGCGUCCUGGAAGGAGAGGUGAAGUACGCGACCAGGGCUGGCGAGGCCAAGCUGACCGUCACAUACCCUAACGUGCUGAACUUGAUUCCCUACGAGACUACGUACUCAGUCCUCGGCACAGACUACGACUCUUACGCCGUGGUGUGGUCCUGCUUCAACGCCGGGAUUGCCAACAUGCAGAACGUGUGGAUCAUGACGAGGGAGCGGGUUCCCGCGGCCAACGUGCUGCAGAGCGCAUACGGAGUGCUGGACCGACUCAAGAUCGCACACAACUACUUCGUCAAGACCAUUCAGGACGACUGCGACAUCGUGCCGCAGUACACCUCCACGGCUGCCCCCUCCACAGCUGCCCCCUCCACCUACUCCUCCGCAGCUCAGACGCAGGCCAGCACCACCGCCUGACACGCUCCGAGUCUGUCUGCUGUCUGCCGAGUGAUGUCAGACACAUCUACCCCAAACAAUACUAUUUAUUUACUUUUUUAUAUUAACAUGUUCAAACUGAUAUGUUUGUAAUAUGUGCAGCUGUAUUAGAAAAUACUUAAAGGUAUUAUUUCAAAAUCUUUUAGUACAAAAUGCUGUUUAAUUUUUUUUUAUCUGAAAUAUAUGUGUGCCAUGAUAGAGAAAAUAAUGCCUUAAAUAACAAAUUACAAUCUUUAAUAAAAUAUUAUGUGCAUACAUA